AUGCCUUCCAAAUACCAGCUGACCAGUCAAAGCUUGGGACCUGUGCUGCUGUAUGCUCUGCUGAUGACCACUACCUACGGAUUGGAGGGUGACCCAUCGCAGAAAUUGGAAACUUGUGGAAGCCAGAAGAAUCCCAACAACAAUGUCGUUGAUUUAAGCGACCCUGUCACGCCAGGGCCAUUUUGUGAUCUAACCACUAGCGAACUACAGAAGGAUGUCCCAGAUCAACAAAUAUAUCCUGUAAUUCAUCAUUCACCUCCACCAACUCCUCUUCCCCAGUUACGUCUGUUUCUGGAGAAGGAUCUGCAAAUCAAUGCUUCGAUUGAAUUGCCUCCAAGAAUCAACACCAGCUUCAUCCACUCGGCAGAUUUGAUGCUGCCACCAAAGGUUGAUGUGCUCAAAUACCUGGACACACCUGGAGCCAAACAACCAAUCAGAAAGGCCCGUGUGGUUGUUUCGAGAGGAGACAAGAAUCCGCCUGUUUUUGAAGAAUACGUUUGUUCGCCGCUUCCGAACGUCGACAAUUGUUCAUUGUUGGUGUGGAAGUCCAGAAGGAAUCCUGUUGGUUACAUUCUGCAGGAAAGUUACGGAGCCAAAUUUACAAACUGCAAACAGCAGAAAGAUUGUCUGAGUUUUCAACCAUCUUUGGUCGGGUCUGGAUUGCUGCAGGAAGCCAAAAGGUUAUUAGCCUGGUUUACUGCUGCCUAUAGUCUUCCCUACUCCUCGAGUCACAUGCUGGACUUCGCUGUCCUCGUGGACACAACUAGCUCUGACCACAGUCAGUGGUUCGUGGCCAAGCUCUGGUACGCCAACGUUGUCUAUGACAGCUACCAAAGUCUCAUUGAUAGUUACGAUUGCGGACGAAUUAACAAAACAAAAGUUACCCGACCAGUAGACGAUGAAAACUUGUUUUCAAGCCUAAAACGUCGAGGCAAAUUCCAGCCGCCCAACCCACAGCGGCCACCAACAGUUGUGGAACCUGAUGGCAAAAGAUACUCGGUCAAGGAUAGAAAGGUUAAUUAUUUGGACUGGAGCUUCAACUUCCGGCUCUCAGUCCUGACUGGACCAGCCGUCUAUGACGUCAGAUUCAAGGGCCAGAGAAUCGCCUACGAACUGGGCUUGAACGAGCUCUCAGUGUUUUAUUCUGGCCACGCAGCUUCUGGGCAAACGACCAACUAUGUGGACAGUGGCGAGUAUUUGGGCAUCAACUCUAGAGCACUGGUUCCUGGAGGUGACUGUCCGGAGACAGCAACUUUGAUUAAUUCAGCGUUCAUGUCGAUCAAGAAGCGAGAGCCAGAAGUCUACAAGGCUGCACAGUGUCUGUUUGAACACAACAAUGGCUACCCACUGAGGCGACACCUGGCAUACCGGAUUGAAGAAGGAUUAUUCUAUGGGGGAAUGUUAGACUAUGUGCUGACACUCAGAUCUGCGCUGACUAUUGGCAAUUACGAUUACAUCAUCGAUUUCAUCUUUCACAACAAUGGAGUUGUAGAGACCCGGUGGAUGAGCACAGGAUACAUACAAACUCUGUUCUACGCAACAACAGAACGACCAUACGGAUUUAAUAUCCGCCAGAACAUACUAGGGAACGUCCACCAUCACAUGGCUCACUUCAAAGUUGACCUUGACGUGGGCGGCACAUCAAACAGAUAUGAGACUGUAGACAUCUCGGAAGAAAGGGUCGCUAUGACAGCGUUCCCUGACCUACAAUAUUCUCAGACGAGGAUCAAAACCAACCUGAAGAAAACAGAACUGGAGGCUGUGCACGACUUCAACUUUAACAAACCUAAGUAUCACGUGGUACACAACAACGCAAAGAGAACAGACACAAAUGAAAUCAAAGGAUACAGAAUUCAAAUGAAUUGCGACUCAGAGCAACUCGUUGCCGAAGAUUUUGGUAACGAGAAAACCGUGUCCUGGGCCAGACAUCAGAUGGUUGUCACCAGACAGAAGGAUGACGAGAUCUCCUCCAGUUCUAUUUACGGCAUGCACGACAGUCUGCAACCAACCGUGGACUUUACGACAUUCUAUAGCGACAACGAAACUAUUGUUGACCAGGACCUGGUAUUCUGGAUCACGGCCGGCUUACAUCACAUUCCCCGCUCGGAGGACUUUCCUGUGACCCCUACGGUUGGCAACCAACUGAACUUUUUAUUGCAUCCUUUCAACUACUUCCCAGAAUGCCCCUCCAUGGGGUCACGUGAUGCCAUCUACGUUGAACAUAAAGAUCCUGAUCAUCACGAACUUGGGGUCAAUGUUGAAAGGUAUGUAACAAAGAGUUUAUUUAAAGGUUACUUUCAAGAUAGACUCCCCAGUGAAAGAAGAUCACGUUCCAUUGAUAACUGUUGGACUAGUGUACUUUGCGGGUGUUCCGCUCUGUUAUUUGCUUCAUGGGAUGUAUUGUAUAUAUGUUUUUUUUCCGAGAAAGAGAACGCCUGUGACAUAGGUUUCAAUACUCUCUGA